AAACACUUCCGCUAUGCUUUCCGAUUUGUCUUUCCACAGGGACUGCCGGUGUGCGCAUACGUUUGAGGAGUGAACACCACCUUCCCCAGAGGCUAACUACAGACAUAAAGAUGCCCCCCAAAAAAGGAGAAGCCCCGAAACCGCCUCCAUUAAUUGGUCGAUUUGGAACAUCUCUGAAAAUUGGAAUUGUGGGAUUACCUAAUGUUGGGAAAUCGACCUUUUUCAAUGUUCUGACCAAAAGCCAAGCUGCUGCUGAGAACUUCCCAUUCUGCACAAUUGAUCCAAAUGAGAGCAGGGUACCUGUUCCUGAUGAGCGCUAUGAUUUCCUCUGUGAAUACCACAAACCAGCCAGUAAGGUCCCUGCUUUCCUAAAUGUUGUGGACAUCGCUGGCCUGGUGAAGGGAGCUCACUCAGGACAGGGACUUGGAAAUGCCUUCCUCUCCCACAUCAGUGCCUGUGACGGCAUCUUCCACAUGACGCGUGCAUUUGACGAUGAAGAUAUUGUCCACGUGGAGGGUAACGUUGACCCAGUGAGGGACAUUGAGAUCAUCCACGAGGAGCUGCGACUAAAAGAUGAAGAAAUGAUUGCUCCCAUUAUUGACAAACUGGAGAAAACUGCAAUCAGAGGAGGUGACAAAAAACUCAAGCCUGAAUAUGAUAUCAUGGUGAAGAUAAAGAACUGGGUGCUGGAUGAGAAGAAACACAUCAGAUUUUACAACGACUGGAACGACAAAGAGAUUGAGGUAUUGAACAAAUACCUGUUCCUGACAUCCAAGCCCAUGAUCUACCUGGUGAACCUCUCAGAGAAGGAUUACAUCAGAAAAAAGAACAAGUGGUUGGCCAAAAUCAAGGAGUGGGUCGAUGCUCACGAUCCCGGUGCUAUGGUCAUUCCUGUGAGUGGAGCUCUGGAGUCUAAACUGCUGGACAUGGAGGAGGAGGAGAGGACCAAGUACUGUGAGGAACUGAAGACACAGAGUGUUCUGACCAAAAUAAUAAAGACUGGCUACUCAGCGCUACAGCUGGAAUACUUCUUCACAGCGGGACCAGACGAGGUGCGAGCGUGGACCAUCAGGAAAGGUACCAAGGCUCCUCAGGCUGCAGGAAAGAUCCACACAGACUUUGAGAAAGGCUUCAUCAUGGCUGAGGUGAUGAAGUUCAGUGACUUCCAAAAGGAGGGCAAUGAAGGUGCAGUCAAGGCUGCUGGGAAAUACAGGCAACAGGGCAGGAACUACAUUGUGGAGGACGGGGACAUUAUCUUUUUCAAAUUCAACACACCCAAUGCACCCAAAAAGAAAUAAUGAUACCACACAAUCAUCAGAGGGAGAACUGAGAAUACAGUUUAGUCAAGACCCUGAGAGCUACCGCUGUCUCUGCUGGUGUUCAUACUUCUCUGAACGCGGUCUCGUUGGACAGAGGACCCCCGGGUCUGGACCAGGCACGGCAUACAUUCCCAUGUGUAAGAUGGUGAACAAAUCUGAAAUGGCAUCAACUAAUCUACCCAUGAAAACAUUAUAUUCAAGCUUUCAUGGUAUCAUGGAAGAAAAGGUGUAACUGAAGUGAAAAAUGUAUACUAUUGGAUUUUAUUGGAAAUUGUUUAUUCAAGAAACUGCAACAGAACAAACUGUAUAUUCCUUUUUAAUGGUACUGGCAUUAUCGUGUCUUUUCAUGAAAGAUAUGGGACUUUUUGUUUAAUUUCUUUCUAGUUUAUCUGUAAGACACUGUCUAAGUCAUUUGGUUUUGCACUCAUUGAUUGACUUCCCUUCAAUAUGACUCCUGAUUAACUGUCAAACUCUCAGAUCCUAACAAACUCUUAAUUUGUGUUUUAUUAAUGAUCAGUGGGGUGAAAUGUUAACUUGCCUCUGUAUCUUUGAAACCAUGUAAACAGUGCCAGUAUUAAUUAGAGGAUUACACAGUCUGCUACUGGUGCCUAAUUGGACUUAAUAAUAACUAGAUGAUCCUGGCAUUUUUUAUUUGAGCCCUUUUUCACAAUUGAACCUACCCAUUAUUAAUAAAGUCACAGUACUUUGUCUAUAAAAAUCUCGAGAUAAUGAAAGCCAUCAGUCAGGGUUACACUUGAGGUCAGUACUGUGCUGUAUUCUGAACAGGAGAGACAUUGUUAUUUUAGAAAGAGCAAAGUAGGCAUUCUUGUGCGUACGUGGUCGGACACAUUAACAUAAAAUGUUAUACAUGCUUUUAUUGGCUUAAGUUUGAGGUUUCUUGUAAAAUAAACAAAACUGGCUCUUUCAUAAUGAGCCAGCGCUUCACUGUGAAUCAGAAGAGCUAUAGGGUUACUCUUUGGUUCAUCUAUUGUACAGCUUCUUUACCUCUCUUCACUACCUUCACAGUGAGAGUCUUUAUGUUUGAGAGUACGUUCCAUGCCUUCCCCAGAAACCUUGCCAAAGUGUGGACAUAGAAACCCUCUGUAUGAACCAUAAGGAGAAACUUUAAAGGGACUAAGGAUCUAAUACGUUUUACCCUCACCAUCAUGCAUGUCUCAAUAAAACGAACCAAACUUGUUAUU